GGGAAACACGGAGAGGGAGAAGCACACAAGAGCAUAAUAUCAAAAUCAAAACACAAGAAGAAGACACAGAAUCAUGACAGAGAAACCGACACGCGGCGGCAUUCAACAUCUGUAACCGCGAUAUUUUCCAGCUGCAUCUGUGGCAACAGAAGCAGGAGGCACCAGUCUGAGCGAGAGAAGCUGCCGGAGGAGGAACGACGAGUCAGGAAGAACUGAAACCAUGGCUGUGAAUAAAUGCAUCAAAUAUCUUCUCUUCUUCUUCAACCUUCUGUUCUGGAUUAGUGGUUGCAUCAUCCUGGGUGUCUCCAUCUACCUGAAAGUCAGCAAGGAUGGAAAUGUGAUCACCAAUGAAUCUCUUCCGGGCAUCGACCUGAUGAUCGCCAUCGGAGUGAUCAUCAUGGUGCUCGGCUUCCUGGGCUGCUGUGGAGCCAUCAGAGAGAACCGCUGCAUGCUGCUGCUGUUCUUCAUCAGCCUCCUCAUCAUCUUCAUCCUCCUGCUGGCGGCAGGAAUCCUGGGAGCUGUGGAGGAGAAGAAGGUGAAGGACUGGAUGAAGGAACGUCUGCAGAAGUUCACCCCGCUGUCGUCUCAGCCAGCUAAUGUGAGGGAAGACCUGGAGAAACUGCAGACGGAGCUGAAGUGUUGUGGUCUGGUGAACGGACCGGCAGACUGGCAGCCAGUUCCAAACUCCUGCCGCUGCAACGCAACGGACACAGACUGCAACGGUAACGGAGUUUACAGCACGCCCUGUUCCACCAGAAUCAUCAGUCUGAUGGAGCAACACAUGGAGGUUGUGAUUGGAAUCGCAUUUGCAAUCGCCAUCCUGCUGAUCUUCGGCAUGGUCUUCGCCAUGAUCCUCUACUGUCAGAUCGGCAAGAAAGGCGAAGGCACCACAACCAACGCCUGAACACACACGUGACCGCGGCCAAUCAGCUGCAACAUGCACCAUGUAUCCUCAGUGCUUCUGUAACUCGACCUGUGCUCUUACUGUGAAGGAACACGCUGAUAUGUUUUGGUUGAAUUUGUUUUUUUUAUCUUGGAUGCACAGAAAUAAAACUGCUUGCAACACGAUCGUCUCUCCCAAAA